AUGAAUUCCAUCGAAUUUCCCUUACUUGAUCGAACAACCCAAAAUUCAGUUAUUUCAACUACAUUAAAUGAUCUUUCAAAUUGGUCAAGACUCUCCAGUUUAUGGCCGCUUCUUUAUGGUACCAGUUGUUGCUUUAUUGAAUUUGCUUCAUUAAUAGGCUCACGCUUCGACUUUGAUCGUUAUGGGCUGGUACCAAGAUCGAGUCCUAGACAGGCAGACCUAAUUUUAACAGCUGGAACAGUAACAAUGAAAAUGGCGCCCUCUUUAGUGAGAUUAUAUGAACAAAUGCCCGAACCUAAAUAUGUUAUUGCUAUGGGCGCGUGUACAAUUACAGGAGGGAUGUUCAGUACUGAUUCUUAUAGUACUGUUCGGGGGGUCGAUAAGCUAAUUCCCGUGGAUGUCUAUUUGCCGGGCUGUCCCCCUAAACCCGAGGCAGUUAUAGAUGCUAUAACAAAACUUCGUAAGAAAAUAUCUCGCGAAAUCUAUGAAGAUCGAAUUAGAUCUCAACAGGGGGAUCGGUGUUUUACUACCAAUCACAAGUUUUGUCUUGUACGCAGUACUCGUACUGGAAAUUAUAAUCAAGGAUUGCUCUAUCAACCACCAUCUACUUCAGAGAUUCCUCCUGAAACAUUUUUCAACUACAAGGGUUCACUAUCUUCCCACGAAUUAGUAAAUUAG